GUAACGUCUCAGCGGUUUAAAAGCCGCACUCAGAGAGGAGACACACUUGACUGUUAGUGUACCUUCGCUUUCUAAACCUCAGCUGCAGUGAUCCUUCCCUUCUUUUGUCGUGCUUCAUAUAUAUUAAAUACAUGUCUUUUAUGAUGAUGAGGAAGAAGAGGUUCAAGUUUAAAGUGGAUGUGGAGCUGGAGGAGUUGUCAUCUGUCCCGUAUGUAAACGGGGUUCUGUUCUGUAAAGUCCGACUGACUGACGGAGGGUUUUCACAAGAGUCAUCGAGAGAGCCGGUUGUGGCUAACUGUGUUAAUUGGAAGAAAAAGUUCUCAUUUUUAUGUAAAAUGAACGCUAACGCAGGGACAGGGGUGCUGGACCCAUGUGUGCUCCGAGUGUCUGUAAGAAAGGAGCUGAAAGGUGGCAAGACGUUUGCAAAGCUCGGCUAUGCUGAUUUAAACCUGGCUGAAUUUGCCGGCUCAGGAAACACAACACGACACUGUCUACUAGAGGGAUAUAACACAAAAAACACACGGCAGGACAACUCUAUACUGAAGGUGGUUAUUAGUAUGCAGCUAAUGUCAGGUGAUCCAUGCUUUAAAACGCCUCCAUCCACUGCAAUGACCACUGGUUUUCCUGGAGAUACAGAGAUGUGUCUUCAUGAAGAUAGAAGAGGAGAGCCACAGAAAACAACUCACAUCUGUACAGAAACUCAAAGAAAAGGCACCGGUGGUCAUGGUUCUGGUUCUGUUCCUGAUGAACUGGGAAAGUGUGGCCACUCGAGAACAUCCAGCUAUGCCAGCCAGCAAUCCAAGGUCUCAGGUCCGUGUUCAUCGCGCUACAGCACAGAUCACUCGCGUUCAUCUAGCUUGACAGAGCUCUGUCAUAGGAGGAACUUAUCGGUGGGCAGUGCCUCCACGGGGAUCGGCAGCAUGCCAGAACCCAGUGAUGAUAAAGAGUCCCGCCCACGGGCCUGUACCCCAGUGCCACAUCACCUCACACCAUCACACAGUGCCAGCAGGUACCCUGUAAAGCAAGACUCAGUCGAGUCUCAGCUAAAGAGAGUGGACGCUACAAGAGUGGACGCUGAUGAUAUCAUUGAGACGAUCUUACAAGGACAAGACUUUAGCCACAGUAUACUGGACUCUAGUGCCGAAGAGGAGGGUCUGCGACUGUUUAUUGGACCUGGAGGCAGCACUGCACUGGGCAGUCAGCAUACCAGGGUUGGACCUAGUGCCUUUGAGCAGGUGGUAAUAAAGCGCUAGACUGAAUGACCGCAGGGUAAGAUGAUGUAACAUCCCGUGUCAAAAGAGAGGACAUCAGCUGAGCUGGGUACUCGACACAUGUUUGAGAUCAAGGAGUCACUGCUUCCCCUUGUGGCCAAACCGGAGAAGUUCACAGAUGCUUCUGUCAGCUGGUUCUGAUAACAGGCAGCUACUCUUAUUUUAAUGUUGCUGUAUUCAACUGAAUAGAUGUUUAUAGUUCUCACAGUAAUUUACAGAUGGGACCUCAAAAACGUUUGAAGACCACUAUGGUGGAAGUGACAAAAUGUGUUAUAGUUUUUAUACUUAUGUAUAUGGAAUUGCUUAUAAAAACGUUUAAACUGUAAUGAUGACAUGCACUUUAAAGUAAUUUUAAUAGAUAAUUUGAUCAAACCUUUUUGGAGGAUUUAUCUGUAACGUUUAUAAAUAUGUACAUUGAUAGGUAUUGACUUGAAAGGAGAGAUGUUGUGCUCGGUUACCAAACAGGCCUCAUGCAGGAACUGAAACACAGCAGAGCUGAAAUUUGUACUUCAGAAAAGGUUUUACAAAUGUAUUAAAAUAUUUUACAGUUAAAGGUUGUUAAGAUUUGUUGGUUAAGUGCAGUUUGUCAGGUUUUAUGUUCAAGAUGUUAACGUUUUGCUUGAAGUUUUUGUAUGUAAAAGGAAAACAUGAACUGUGUGUGUUUUAUUUAUGUUUAUAUGUGAGGGAAUAUGCAAGUUAACUAAGAUGUUAACCAAAUGUAAUGGUUUUAAAUCGUUUUAAACUCAGUAAGAGGUCACAUCUAAAUUAUUGUUUGUUUAUUUUAAACUGAAGCUCUUCAGCAUUGACAUAUGCAUGUAUUGUUAGAUACGCUCUUCUUUACAUUUACAUCUAUGGUUAAAACAAAGUCAAAAUACUGCAUAUAAUAUAUGCACUAUUCUCUGCAUGUAAUGUUUCAUUGUACAGCAGUAUAAGUUUUUUUUUUUAGCAAAUUUAGGUUAUGUUUGCUGUUUUUGUAUGUUUUUAGUCUUGGUGCAAUUUUCUUUGUAAUAUUUGUUUGAGCUUGUGAUUUUUAUGUUUAGGUUACAUUUCUGUACCAAAUGGAGAAAACUUUUCAUUUAAAAUAAUUUCAACUAUAUUUAUAGAAGUAAAAAGCCAUCUCACAAAGCAAAAUAUGUACAUGUGGCAUUCUUUAUUUAAAUAUCAAGAGAAUUAAAUGGCAUUAUGUUAAUGAAUUGUGAGAUUGUGAAAAUAAAUGCCAUUAUUUUAUAUAAAAAGAUGAUCAAAGCUUUAAUGUGCAAGGGCACGUAUAUCUGCAGUCAGCUACUGUACACUGGAGGCUUGUGUUGCCAAAUCCUUUGUAAAAUAGCUAACUCCCAAACAACAGAGAUAGAAAUAGAUUCUCAGUCGGGCAAUUCUGUGCAAAAGUAAACCUU